AUAACCUCCUUGAUUUGUAACCAUAUUUAUGUAGCAUAUGACACACUUUUCUAGAAAUCUUAGAAAUCUUUGUUUAAUUGUACAAAAAAAGUCAGAAAGUGAUUAAAAUUUUAAAAAAAUGACAACACAAAAAGAUGAAAUUGACAUAUCAAUGUUAAAUGGAAAAACGGAUGAGGAGGAUAUUGUAACACCUUGGGAUGUUGUAACCAAAAAUGAAACCGGAAUUGAUUACGAUAAACUUAUUAAAAAGUUUGGAAGUUCAAAAAUCGAUGAAGAACUAUUGGCUAGGUUUGAGAAAAUCACUGGACAUAAACCACAUCAUUUUCUUAGAAGAGGAAUAUUCUUUUCUCAUCGAGAUAUGAAUACUAUUUUAAAUCUUUAUGAACAAGGAAAACCAUUUUAUCUUUAUACUGGUAGAGGACCUAGUUCAGAUUCUAUGCAUUUAGGACAUCUCAUACCAUUUAUGUUUUGUAAAUGGCUGCAAGAUGUAUUUCAUGUUCCUUUAGUUAUUCAAUUGACUGAUGAUGAAAAAGCAAUAUGGAAAAACAUAAAAAUAGAAGAUGCAAUUAAAUUAUCUUAUAAUAAUGCAAAAGAUAUUAUUGCUCUUGGAUUUAAACCAGAGAAUACAUUUAUUUUUUCUAAUUUAGAACAUAUUGGAAAUAAUCCUGCAUUCUAUCAAAACAUGAUUAGAAUACAGAGAAGUGUUACAUUUAAUCAAGUGAAAGGUAUUUUUGGAUUUGGAGAUAGUGAUCCUAUUGGAAAAAUUUCAUUUCCACCAACUCAAGCUGCUCCAGCAAUUUCUGGAACAUUUCCUUUUAUUUUUAAAGAUGCAAAAGUUAAUUGUUUAAUACCAUGUGCUAUAGAUCAAGAUCCUUAUUUCAGAAUGACAAGAGAUAUUGCACCAAAAAUUGGCUAUCCAAAACCAGCUUUGUUACAUUCUAUAUUCUUUCCUGCUUUACAAGGCUCUAAAACAAAAAUGUCUGCUAGUAAUAAUAAUACUGCAAUAUUUCUGACAGAUACUGCUAAACAAAUAAAAAAUAAAGUUAAUAAACAUGCAUUCUCAGGUGGACAAGCUACUGUUGAAGAACAUAGACAAUUAGGUGGCAAUUGUAAUAUUGAUAUAGCAUAUCAAUGGUUACGAUUCUUUCUAGAUGAUGAUGAAAAAUUAGAACAGCUUAGAAAAGAUUAUACUAGUGGAGAAAUUUUAACAGGAGAACUUAAAAAAGAAUUAAUUAAUGUAUUACAGCCUUUGAUAGCUGCACAUCAAGAAGCUAGAAGUAAAUUAACUGAUGAAACAGUUAAACAAUAUAUGAUUCCUAGGGAUCUUGGCUUUGUAACAAAUGUAAAAUAGUUAAAUAUAAAUUGCUUAUUAUGUAUAUAAAGUAUAUAGGAAAUCCAUUUUCACCAGUAUAUUUAAUUUUAUUUAUUUUAGCAACACAAAUAAGAAAUUUAUUUAAAAAGUUUA